AGUCAAGUUCUCACAAAGAGAUAAUAAGCUCGAUUUGGGCUCGAUUUGCCAAAAUUAAAAACUAUAAAAUUCGGUUUAGUUAUUUGUUCGGCCCAUAAUCGAUCGGUUAUGAAUCUACCUAUGGUCGGAGUCGGAUCAUUCUUACCCAUUUCCAACCUGACUCCGAAUUCUGCACCAACCGCCGCCGCCGCCGCCGAAGUGCUAUAGCCAUCCAUAUUGCAUCAGAAAAUCCAUUUCUCCAUAAAACUCCCAAACUCUUUUGGGGCGGCCACACCGCCCCCACAACCCACAGCACCCACACGACGAACCCCAACAAAUUGCAACCACCCCACCAACGCAAACAUCAGAAGCACUAGCCAGCACAAAACAACAAUAACUCCCUGCGAGAGCGUGAUCUGAGGGCAAGAACAAGUUUCGACUUCGGAAUGGAAGCCAUAGGCGUGCUGAUGGCCUGCCCAAUGUCGCCAUACCUUGAAGACGAGCUCAUGAAUGCGCUGUCACAUCUCUUUCGAUUCUGGCAGUACCUCACCCGAAGACUCCGGCAGCCUCUUCACGCUAGCGGCGGUUGGAUAAUGAUGACUUUGACUACAUCGAUCGCAAUGGUGAGAGGGGGGUGUGAGGGGUCACGAAGAACUGCCCUAUGCGUGUUGACUGAGGACGUUGCCGAUUUAGCGAUUGCGUUGAUGUUGGCCACUUUGAGGAGGAUUUGUGAGAGUGAUCGGUACGUGAGGAGUGGGGCGUGGAAGAGAGGAGAUUUCAAGUUGACUACAAAGUUCACUGGCAAAUCAGUUGGCAUAAUUGGGUUGGGGAGAAUUGGAUUAGCAAUUGCCAAGAGAGCUGAAGCAUUUGACUGCCCAAUUAGUUACUAUUCCAGGUCUGAGAAACCAGAUUCAAAUUACAAAUACUAUCCUAGUGUUGUCGAGUUAGCGUCCAACUGUGACAUUUUGGUUGUUGCUUGCGCGCUUACACAAGAAACCCACCACAUUGUCAACCGCGAAGUCAUUGAUGCUUUGGGUCCAAAGGGCAUUCUCAUCAACAUCGGGAGAGGUCCACAUGUCGACGAAGCAGAGCUUGUGCCUGCAUUGGUUGAAGGGCGUCUGGGUGGGGCAGGGCUGGACGUUUUCGAGCAUGAGCCUGAAGUGCCUGAAGAGCUGUUUGGACUUGACAGUGUUGUCCUGUUACCUCAUGUGGGGAGUGGCACGGUGGAAACCCGCAAGGCCAUGGCUGACCUUGUGAUUGGAAACUUGGAGGCUCACUUUGGUAACAAACCACUGUUAACUCCUGUGGUUUAACUCUCUGAUCAUGGGUUGUGAUCAACAUGUAUGUUUGAUUGGAGGCUCUGCCAUGGUGCCACUGUCAUCUAAGUUCUUUCAGUUCUAACUAUCAUUGUUAUCAGAACUCAUUGGCUUGAUUGGAAAGAAAGCAGCUGAAUUUUCUCGUGGAA